AUGGAAUUCCGGCUUGUGCUUACCUUGGCUCUUUUGCUUCUCGGGCUUGUCGAUGCCCAUACUGUGAUUGUCUACCCUGGCUAUCGAGGGAAUAACCUCAUAACAAACGGAACUAUCGAGGAGGCAAAUGGUCUCGGUGCCGCGUCGCAGAAUGGCUCUAUGAUCUACCCAUACGGCAUGGAAUGGAUCUAUCCAUGCGGCGGAAUGCCCACCUCUACCAACCGCACAAAAUGGCCCAUCCGCGGAGGUGCUAUCUCCCUCCAACCGGGCUGGUUCCCCGGCCACUCCUCGGGCUUUAUGUACAUGAACAUGGGCUUCGGUACUGUCCCAGCCAACAUGAGCAACGCCAUGAUCAAGCCGUUUGCCUUCGAGGGACCUAGUAACCUGCCGUACCCGGGGACGAUUUGUUUGCCGCAGGUGCCGCUGCCGGCGGGACAUACGGUGAAUGUUGGCGAUAAUGCGACGAUUCAGGUGGUGUUGGCGGCGCAGCAUGGGGCUGCUUUGUAUAAUUGUGUCGAUAUUACAUUCGCAGAGCCGGAAGAUGUCGCGGAGGUGACGCGGGAUAAUUGCUUUAACUCGAGCGAUAUCACGUUCCAGGAUAUCUAUAGGACGGCGCCGUUGAAUAAUGUGUCUGGGUCUGGGGCCGGGCAGGUUGUAAGGGCGCGAUGGGUGGAAUUGGUGCCGUUGGUGGUGGCGGUGGUGGUUGGGUUGUGGUGA